CCGCCCUCCUGCCCCGAUUCAAAAUCUCCGCCACCAUCUCGACACGCACUAGCCGUUCCUCUCCCACCUCCAUGCCCAAACCCUAGUUCCGCAACCACCUCCACGACCGCCAGCCAGCCAUGGAGCAUCUAUUCAUGCAGGUCUUCGAGCGCGGGGGCUGGGUGGCCGCGCAGGUGCAGCAGCAGGCCGACUCCUACGCCCAGACCCUCGCCUGCAGCCUCCUCGCCGCCGGCCGCCGCCCCCCGGACUGGCUCCUCCCCUCGCACCCCGACGAGCCGCAGGAGCUGGAUGGAAAACUAAUAGUUCCGGGAUUAGUUUUCACUGGAAGCCAGAUUACUACAUCAGCGGCCAAUAGGACUGUCUUUCUGCCUCCAGCUGUUCCUGGUACUUUCUCCAAAAAAUUGGAGGAUCCAAAUGGAUAUACCCACCCAAUCACUAAUUGUGAUGCUCUGGAUACUGACCAACAUGAAGAGCCCCAGCAAGAGCAGACUUCACUUAACCAUGAGCUUUCCGGGGCUUGUGUUGCGGCCAAAAUGUUUUCAAGGAUUCAGCGUUCCAGGUCAAGGAAAAGGAAUAUGCAAGAUCGCCUACGUGGAAGGGUUGAAGCUGCAAAGAGUGGAGGCCGUGAUGAUACGCAAGAUGGGAUACAUAGGUCUAAAUUUGCGAAUGUGAGGUUGACGAGAACUAAUGCGUCAUCAUCCUCCAUACCAUGUGGUGAUGUUGCAAACAAUGCUGGAACAACAUCCUCAAGGCCAGGUCAGGGUAAUGGUUUUUGUGCCAGUCAGGGGAGGUCGACUGACUCCUUGAAGUGCCACAAUAAUCUUGAAAAUCAAGGAUUUCGGUUAGAUAGUUUCCCGUCGCUUGAGAACAAAAUUGUCUGUUUUGAUAGUGUUGCCGAGGUUACUAAUAACUGUUCUGUUAGAGAUUUGCUGAGUGUGCCACUUCCGGGUCUUUCUAAGCUAAACGAUGCAGAUAGUGUAUGCCAUAUAAUGCCCGAAACUCAUCUGUCGGUUGAGCCAAAAAAACUUCAAUUUGAUGGCGUUGAAUCAGUUUGUAUGAAUCCUGUCGGAGAACAAACGGGCCACCAACAGGAAUCUUAUUUGGAAAGUGAUCAUCUUAAUCUCUCUGGUAGAAAUCAUUUAAGUGAGGAGCCAUCUUCUGCCAGUUCUCAGGGACCUCAUUCUAUGGGCAGAUCGUUGCUUGAUGGUGUUAAAACAGGACAUUUGAACCCUGACAGCGUACCAGUGAAGCAGCACCACAAAGAUGCUUUGGAAUGUGGCCAUCCUGAUCUCACUGGCACGCAUUCUCAAAAUAAGGAACCAUCUCUGACCUGUUCAUCUGAAGCACCGAAUGCUAUGGGUCACAAGGAUACACGACAUAUACCUGAAACCAAUUCUUUGGGAAGAGCAUGUUCUAAAGUCAGCCAACCACUUGAAAUGAAUGUGUCAAAUAGUGAUGAAACCAAUUGUUCUGAAAGAUCUUGUUCUGUGGCCAAUCCAUUGCUUGGAAAUGAUACAGUGCAGACUGUAGAAGAUAAUGAAAAACUACAGAGCUCCAAUUCUCAUGUCUCAGCUCCUCCUUACAGCGGACCUUUGCAGCUGCCUACCCAAGUAGCUGACACAAGGUUUGGGGCUCAAGCAUCAUCAGGAAUAUUGCCAAACAGUUUGUUAGGGGAGGAUGGGUGUGACCAUCUCUCGAAUUUGCUGAUAAAUGGCACAAAUAGCCGACGCUCCCAAGGCAGGUCUGCUGUAUGCCUAGAGCAGCUUCCACCUCAAACUUUUACUUCCACUGAUGUUUGCCAAUCAAGUCUCUUGUCUUAUAGAUCACAAAGUAAUAACAAACAUUCCAAUGGUUGUGCUGCUGUGAAUACCUCUGAGUAUGCAGAUAAUGAGUUAUCUCAGGACCAAUAUUUAUGGGCCAGACCAGCUUUGGAAUUCAACGGGAGUAUUCCAGAUGCGGAUACUCCCUUGAGCCAUCCUCUUGGCAUGCAAAGUGAGACGCUCAAAGAAAACCCAGUAUCUUAUUCAGUCAACUGCCAUUCAGAAAAGUUGGGUGAUGAUGCUCAGGUAAACAAGUCAUAUGGUGAUCCUGCUGCUAACAGAAAGAACGAGUCUGUGGUGCCAAAAGUUGUGCCCAGAAUUUCAUCCGGAAGAACCAGAGAUAUGCACGAAGCAGAAAGGAACGGUGUGACUUCGUCAGAAAAAUCCAAUGGAAGCCCGCGGCAAGGAAUAGAACAAGUGACCCCUAAUGGUGAGAAUGCUGUGCAAAUAAAUGAUAAUUCGUGCACAGCAGAGAAUGUUGAGCAAAAAAAGUUUGCAUGCAGAUCAGAAUCACGUGAAAAGAAUAAUAAGCUCCAGGCAGGAAAUGGAAAUGCUCAGAAGAGGUCAGUUGCAGAUGAUGUUCAGAUAAAUGGGUGUAUGUCAUCCAAAAGAAAAAGAAUAAAAUGCCAAGACAUUGCACUUCCCAAUUCUUCUGACACAAAUUCAUUGUUUCCGGACCACCAAGAUGGCACUGGCACCCAUGUGGUAACUGCAGAAAAAUUCUCAGGGAAAUCACAACCUUCAGGUUGUUACUUCUUAAGAAGUUCAGGAUUUUGUGAGCCAAUGUCUCUCAAGUCUGAGACAAGGAAUGAUGCAUGGAACCGUAAGGUGUCAAUUGCAAGUGAUGUACAAGAAAAUGAGAAUUCUUCUCCCAAACUAAGAAAUAGCCUAUCCAAUGUUGCCUUCUGUAACUCUUCUAGUGCAAAGGCUUUAUCACCUAAUUAUAGUCGUGGUGUGAGCAGCAUGAGUGCAACUGGAGGAAUGAACAUCCAAAACUAUCAAGCACAGUUACAAAAUUCUUUUAGUUUUGCAACAACUUCUUCUGUGCCUAGCUGCUGUAAUAUCGCAUCUGAUGAUGUGGAACGUUGCACACAAGAGGAACAUCCUUGCUUGGAAAGUGAGGGCCUAAAUGUUACUAAUUCCAGUGUGGAACAUCAGCAAAUGGCUCUUCAGAUGGAUAAAGUGUCGUCUGAAUUAAGUCCAGAAAAUUAUUCUAGCACUGAUUCAACAAAUAUAUUUCCGAGUUAUGCUUUAGAUCAACAUGGUAAACAGGUAUCUGCUCCAAUUGCAUUGGUCCAGGAGAAAUUAAGUUAUGGCUCCGGUGUUGAACUUGAAAGGAAAUGUAGAAGUGAAGAUUUAACGGGAUGUUUUUUGUUGGAUGCUAUUAUCCCAAGGCAAAAGGAUGAUGAAUCUGUUGACUGUAGUGAUAUAAUGCCACAAUUCGAGGGCUUUGAUUUUUCUGUUCCAGUUGACAGCCCAACUACUGAAAAAAGGACAAUUGAGACCCUUCGUGAUUCCAGACAAUUUCCUACCUUAAGUGAGUAUAAGAUGAACACAAUGAGUGGUAUGCAUCAGUUAUUGGCAACAAUGUCAGGGAAAGCGAGUAACUGUUCAUUCCAGGAGGAUGUAAGACAAUACAGUGCAAGUACUGAUGGCAGCAUAGCAGAUCUUUUUGGUUCAUGUGGAUUGGGACAUAAUGGAUCCUUUUUUACUUCUGAUGUCGUAGCAUCUUGUUCUUCAGAUGCUAGCAAUAAACAAGAGAAUAGUGAAAAUCCAUUGACCCCUGCAGUUGAAAAGUAUAGUCUGGGGAAGCUUUCAGCAAGGGCUGGAUCUGUUUCGGAGCAUAUGGGUUCUAUUCCUGAGCUUUCGUGCUUCCGAAUUGAUGAAGACAGUAGCAUUGAAGAAGGAAAUGAGUACCAAGACGUAGUAGCUGGAUCUGUAGGUAAUCAGAGGCAAUCUGGCAGAAAAGCACUUCAGGAUAUCACUGGACUAUAUCAAAACACUGGGAAUUCUGCCUCUUAUUCCAUAGGUACCAUGGAUACAGGUAACACAGAUUAUACUACAGAAACUUGCAGCUGGGAACUCAAUCAUCAUUCAGAUCUCAGGAAUCAUGAUGAUAACAAGAAGCUUAAAGAAAGUGGUGUUUCUUUAGUUAAGAGAGAAGGGAAAGUGUCUCAUUUUCUCGAUAACAGAUUAAGAAAGACAGAAGCGAUUGAUAACAAAAAUCAAAGACACAUGAGUGAAGCAAAUCUUGGCAAACAAUCUAAGCCUAGCAAUAUCGUUGGUAAUGUGGCAUCUUUUAUACCUCUUGUAAGACCAAAGGUGCUAUCUACAACAUCAUGUGUGAAAAAAGAUGUUAGAGUGAAGGCACUUGAGGCAGCUGAAGCUGCAAAACGUCUCGAAGAAAAGAAACGAAACGAGCGUGAAAUGCGCAAAGCAGCUGCAAAACUAGAGCGUGAGAAACUGAAGCAAGAGAAAGAAUUAAAGCAAAAACAGGAAGUGGAACAAAAGAAGAAACGGGAUGCUGAUGUGGCAACUAGGAAGAGGCAGAGGGAUGAGGAUGAAAGAAGGGAAAAGGAGAGAAAAAGGAAAUGCGCUGAAGAAGCUCGAAAACAGCAGAAGCAGCCUAUGGAAAGAAGGCAUGCCAACGAUGAGAAAGAUGCUCAUCCAAAAGCUCCUGUAACUUCAUUGCAGGGUAACGAGGGGCUGCAGAAGAAUUUGGUUGAAGCCAUGAAAAGCCAAGUAAAACCUGAUGUAACAGCAGGUCUUGGAUACAAGGCCAUUAAAAGUAACAAUGAAAAGGUUGAGGUAGUUGAUGAGAGGCCUUCAAAUGUUGGAUUUGAUGCUAAGGAAAAUGCCCCAAACAGUUGUGAGGAGUCAUACAUGAUGACUCCUUAUAAAGAUUCUGAUGAAGAGGAUGAUGAUGAUUUCGAACAUAAAGAAGAAUUGAGACGUAGACGGAAAAUGACUCCAUCAUGGGUUCGGGAAGAAAACUUGGUUAAAAUCUUAUUACACAAUCAGACUUUAGACGCUAAAGAAAUCUUUGCACAAAAAUGCUCCUUCAACCUAUCGGAUGUUUUUCGGGUCCACGUUCCCCAACGUGGUUUCAGAUAAGUUUCCAUUUGACGAACUAUUGGUAAUAUGCCGUUGCCCUUCUUCAGGCAUCUCCAUUCUGCUUUUGUCAGCAGAGAUGUGUAUAAGCUGAUCACCAUCCUCUCUCGUUUGCUAGAGAAAAUUCACCUAUGUAGAAGAACAUUCUUGUACCACCAUGCAGUUGCGGCAACAAUCGUUGUUGUACAUAGUUCUGAUUUGUUCACGAAGACUUUGUUUCGUAGCACUAUUCUUCGCGCAAGGAGAUAACUGAUAUUGAUCAGAGUAGCGUUCUGUUCCAUACUCUCUAGUCUUUAAUGCCAUGAGGUAAUUUGUACAUGA